UUUUUAUAAUCGGAUUUGACACCAUACAGUUGAGUUGUAGUGGUUACUAUGUGGUGUAUACGUUGGAUUUAUCCAACGUUUGCGUCAAAUUGUAUGCGUAGACUUUCCAGAAAUAGUGACAAAAGGUGAUAUUGGGUCAUGGCCAGUCUGCAGCAGGAGUACCCCCUGGUCCUGCUGGGGAUUCUGGAGGAGCUGGCUGCUAUGCGUCCCUGGCUUUCCUUUCAGGACCUGUGUAGAAUGGUCAGCACCCGCUUCGACCUGCAGCACCUCACAGAGCUUAGGAGCCUGCUGUUCUCCGCAGCCUGCCGUGAUCCCUGUUUCCCUGCCACCCUCUUCAGAGACAGGGUCAACCCUAAGGGACUGGGGACAUCCCCGAUUGGCGUGGCAGCUGACAUUGUCACAAUAUUCAACCUCAUUCAAAUGACGGGUGGGGUUCCUGAAGAGGCCCAGGCGGCCCAGCCAAUGAAAGCUCAGCUCGGCCCCAAUAUCGACCAAUCCCCGGGGCCCUCUUUGCAAAUUUCUUUGCCCAUCGCUGACGAGGUGAGAUUCUCCAGCCGCGAUAGGGUGCGCACACUGUCAGACUCUCAGACCCUCUCAGGCCCUAUCGACCAGAGCUUGCUCUGGCCCAAAUCAAAUUACUCGUUCCGUAAGCGUGCCAGUCUCCCUCCUGAUCCCCUCUCUCUGGUCUCGUCAUCCCCUCCAGGCCGUGCCAGGGCUGUGUCUUUCGACUGGCGCCACAACACCCCGCUGUUCGCUGGCAGUGGAAGCAUCCCAGGCCAGGCCAUGCAGAGCAUCUACCUCCCCCUGGAGACAGACAGCGAGUCCUCAAAGGAUUCCCUGAGUGGAGACUCGGCACCCAGGGAUCCCGGAUCAGAGCCGGGAUCGCAGCCGGGAUCGGAGCGGCAUUCCUGCACGAAGAAGAGAGGUAUUUUCAAGAUGGACUUCCACAACCAGUCGCACCUCGUUCCCGAGGUGACCAUUAGUACCGUGGCUCCGAGAGUAGGAGUAGGAGGAAGAGGGAGGCAGGAACUUUUCACAAAUCGCAGCUUCGAGAUGCUCUCCAACCCGUAUCCUUCGCCUACGGUCGGGCGGCCUUCGCCGGAGCGCCAGGUCAAGCAUGAAAGCCUGGAUGACCUCCAGGACUCCACAUACUUUGGCCCAGGGGGUACUAUUCCUGAAUGGUCCCCCCAACCCCCCAGGACCCGUAGGCCAGGAUGGAUGGACAAGAGCCUCAGUCUGGAUGACAGGUUGGUGGGCUUAGAUGGCUCCGAGGGCUCCCUUCAGAGGAGACUUGCUCCCAGCCCCACCAUAAACUCUGGUGAGUGGUUGCCCCUUCCAAAGGGAUGGGAGGGGACCGUCAGUCUCAGACCUGAAGGAGAAGGGUGGAUGGCCUGCAGUACGGGCACCCAGACAGACACCAUGCCGGGCACGCGGCACCUGCGGAGCCUGGUGCACGCCGACCACCUGUCCUUCAUGACCUCGAUGGACAACCCCGACAUGCUAGGCGAGGACGACAUCAGCACCAUCUUCCGCUUCCUGGAUGACAUGAGCAUGUGCGGCUCCACAGGGUACAUCUGCCCCCCCGACGGGGGCCCUUCGGCAGCCCAGGACACCCCGGAGGCGCGGCGCGGCCGCCUGGGCCAGCUCCAGAGGCUCUUCCAUUCGCUGGACGGCAGUGACGAUGGCGGGCUCAAGGCAAGUGUGUGUAAACUCCUCCUGAGAAUGGGUCAGAUCGAACAGAGCCUGGAGUCCCUGUCCGAGGUCAAGGCCGAGAUCUCCCAGGUGCUCUCCUUCCUCCAGCGGCUGGACGAGAAGAUGCAGGAGCAGGCCGUGGGAGGUAGGCGGGGAGGUAGGGGGCUGGGACCCCCCAGCGGCGGUGAGUCUUCCCUGGGUGUGCUAAGCCAUCCGCUCAGCCCUGGGUCUGGUGGUUCCUCUGAGCCCCAGCCCCUGUCUGUAUCUGUGCAUUCGUUUGGUAGCCUGGACUGGAACCGGUGGGGGAAGAUGGAGGAGAAUAGAGGUGUGAGCGAAACCAAAGUGGGGAAGAAGGGGGUGAUCUCUCGACAGGCCUCUUGCAAGAGUGGCGUGGACUCCAAGCGGCCAAGCAUCAUCUCCAUCUUGUCUGCACGGGAUUGGACGGUGUCUUUCUCGAAAAGUAAAGAUGACAAGGACCAGCCCGGGAAAACAGGACAGGUGUCCAACUCUUCUCUCUUCCAUCAGAAGGGUGGCGGUUUGACCAAUCCAGGGUUGUCCUCUGGGAUGACCUCUGGAUUGACCUCUGACCUCCGAUUGGCUGAGGGGAGAGGAGCCCCGGUCUGGACCGUGGAGGAGAGAGAGGCCAGAAUGUCCCCUCUGGACCUACAGGCCCAGGAGUCUCUAAACCCUAAUAACCUGGAGUUUUGGAUGGAGGAUAUCUACACGCCAGGUUACAGUACACUGCUGAGGCGCAAAGAGGCCAACCAGCGCAGAGCCAAAGCCUGCAAGCUGGGGGCGCUCAUCUUCACUUCCAUCACCAUCAUCCUCGUCAUCGUCAUCCCUAUCGCCACCAUGAGCUCCUGAGGCUCUGUAUGCAUGCCAGACAGGAGACCGCCAAACAGAAAUACUGAUUUGAUUUGUUGAUUGGCGACGACGGGAUGGUGGGAUUCUGAAUGUGGUGUUGAUGUGAUACUUUGUGCCCUACAUUUAUGGGAGUAAUGUGCCCUACAUUUACCAUGCUCUUGCACCAGUGUACUCAGGAGAGAGUAUUUAAGGAAAGACCAAGCUAAAUGAAUCCAAAUUCUUUGUGAAUCUGGCUUCAUGCUAUUACAAUAUGUUAUGGCCUUAUCCUGUUGCCCACAUACCUUACUGGGCUAAUUUCUUUCAAGCACAAAUUAAAAAAAAAAAUGCAUAACAGUAAAAAGAACAGCAUUUAGGUAGGCCUACUGUCUGCCAUUAUUUCUCAUUAAGUUAUGUUGAAUAAAAUGUUUAUUUGUCAU